CCAAAGAUUCCAAUGAUACCUUCGCAAGGUGGCCGUGAGGGAUGUAAAGGUUCUCCGAACCCUCCGAGCAACGGCUCCGAGGACAAUGGCUUCACUAAUCGACCUCGAGUGGUGGGCCUUUACGCAACGAAUCUCUCCAGAGAAGAGCUCGUUCGGUUCUCGUCCGGAGAGACCACUCGAUCCCGUGCUCCAGCUCGAGAUAUUCUUGAAAGAUCGCCGCGAGAAAUUGGAAGCCAACGAAGUUUAAACCUUCCCGCAGGCAUCGCCGAGGAGUUCGAGCUCCGCGAUCGCUCUCGAAUCGGUAUCUCGAAGACACCUCAACCGUCUAGAAGAGGUGAGGCGUCCGCGUCACCGCGUUACAAGCCCAGAUCCAGAUUCGAGGAGUUCCCGAGACGCGAUCGCAAUGGAUCACCGACUGCCGAGAGGACUUGCCCGAGGGAGCAUCAGCAGCAGGAAGAACGCGCUGGACAUAUUGCCGGGUCCCUACGAGAAUCUAUUCUCGAGUUUCCACGUACCGAGGAGACGUCGUGGAUGGACCCGGGCGCCGACGACGCCAGAGCGUCGAUUCCGAGCCGCGAUUUUAUCGGUAAGAAGGGACAGGAAGCUGGCUCGGCAUCCGCUUCGAUACUCAUUUCCCCCGCGAGCGAGACCGGCGAGUGCCGCGGCGCGUCGCCCACGGGGCCGGAUAAAUCCUCGUUGCCGGCGUACGCGGGUCUCAGCCCACCGGAGUACAUAGGGCACGAGUACGAGAACACCGAGACCCCGUCGCCGAUAUUCCCCAGUUAUCCGUUGGCGUCGUACGCCGAGGAAACGCGCCACGGCCAUGGAAGAUCGUCCGUCUCGGACGCCGAGCUCGAGUUCACGGCGUACGAGGAUCGUUUGAACGCCGACGAGAGAUUCGAGUCGGCGAUCACCGAGUCGGAGAUAGCCGCUGCGUCGUGCAGAUCGAGCUCCUCCAGGCAGAGACGGUACCAAGAGUCCACGGAACCGGAUGGUAACUUCGAGAAAUCCCAGAACGGGGGUGCCUCGAGGUCCAGGGACGUCGCGAGGCUACGACCGCCGUUGAUCGCGACCGCUGGAACGUCGGCCGAUUCCGGCACCGGUGACUCGGGUAGCGCCGAGAUCCAAGUAGAUUUGCCCGGUACUCCGCGGACAACGACCGUCGGUGAGAUCCACGAUAAGAGGAUUGUGCGUGACAUCGAGAACGGUAGCAAGUCGGCUGUUAAAACGCCUACCGGGAAUAAGCAAACGGUGAAACUCUUCACAAAAGAGAGCCUCGACAGGUUGGAAAAUAGAACGGUGCAGCUCGUGAGGGACUAUGGCUUUCAACCGAAGAGACGGAUGUCCGUCGAGGAUGGCGCGGUGCUUCCAAACAAAUAUGAACCCUUCCCGACCGAACUAUACGGUAGGCCGCUCGAAGAAAUCGACAACUUUAUAUACGACGAGACGUUUUGCGUGGUGUCGAAGAGAUUUCGUAAAAACUACAUCCAUAGAUUUACAGCGACAAGCAGUUGGUUCAUAUUUUCUCCGUGGAAUCCCAUAAGACGAUACUGUAUUUUCCUAAGUACGAAUCAGUACUUCGAUUAUGUGGUAAUGGCUACGAUAAUAUUAAAUUGCGCCUUCCUCGCGAUGACGGAGACCAUCGAGGAAGCCGAGUAUAUAUUCCUAGCUAUAUACACAGCCGAAAUGGUAAUUAAAUCAAUAGCUAAGGGAUUUGUCCUAAAUAAGUACACGUAUCUGCGAAAUCCAUGGAACUGGCUGGAUUUUGUGGUGAUCACUAGCGGAUACGCUACUAUAGGUAUGGAAGUAGGAAAUCUAGCUGGGCUGAGAACAUUUCGUGUAUUGAGGGCUCUCAAAACCGUUUCAAUUAUGCCUGGUUUAAAGACCAUCAUCAACGCAUUGUUACAUAGUUUUAAGCAACUUGCCGAAGUGAUGACGCUCACAAUCUUUUGUCUUAUGGUUUUCGCGCUUUUCGCCCUGCAAGUUUACAUGGGCGAACUUCGAAAUAAAUGUGUAAAAAGUAUGGAAUCUAAUAAUACGCAAAUCGAUUGGAAAGAGUGGACUUGGAACUCAUCCAACUGGGCAUUCGACGAAGAUGAAGAGCCAAUAAUUUGUGGUAACGCAACUGGCGCAAGACACUGCAACGAGAGUUACAUUUGUCUUUGUGUUGGCCCGAAUCCAAACCACGGGUAUACAAACUUUGAUAAUUUUCUAUGGUCGAUGCUUACCACGUUUCAAUUGAUUACUUUGGAUUACUGGGAAGAUGUCUACAAUAAGGUAUUGUCGGCGUGCGGACCUAUCAGCGUCUCGUUCUUCACGGUGGUCGUGUUUUUUGGCUCGUUUUAUUUAAUCAACCUAAUGCUCGCGGUUGUUGCACUCAGCUACGAAGAGGAAGCUGAAAUCACGAACGAGGAACGUAGGAAAGAUUUAACCGACCAUCGCGAAGACUCGACGUUUAGUUUCGACCCGACAAAAAUCAACGUUAAGACUCUUGCCAAAGAGAAGCAGAGGAAAUUAGAUGCGAGGAAAGGGGUCCUCCUGAGCAGUUAUACGCGUAAAAAAACGCGAAGAAGAAGACGCGGAAGAAGUAAUGCUGGAUCUGGCGCAGCGGGGCAAGAAAAAAGUGGCUCUAUUCCAAGCAGAUCGGUGACGCCGAGCCCAAGUCCAAGCCCGAGGCAUUCGAACGUUCGACCAUCUCACUUAUGUCUACAAAAUGUCAGUCCCCGAACAGUAGAGAAUAACACGGUCCAUAGACUGGCGCCAAAUCGUGGAAUGCUUCAUUCUAGACAGGCAAGUAAUAACAGUAAUCAACAGUCAUCGUUAGACGACUCGGGAGUGGUUGACGACCACGAUGGCGACGACGUCGCGUCCAUGGACGAGCACGACAAACGGGAUACCAAAGAAUCGAGGUCCGAUUGGCAAGAAAAAACGGCCAUCAGCAAUAAUACGGAUAUUGGCGUCGAGCCUAAUAGCAGAGUCACAGUGAGAAACGGUAUCGAUACCGAGGCAGAUAUCGAUAGCGAACGAGAAAAGUCAAUAACAACGCGUUCCGGAUAUCUUCGAGCGUCCAUCAACGUUCCUGUUUCCUUGGGUAGUGGGACCACUCGAGAAAUUAGAGUGCUUAAAUGCAACGGCGUUAAAACGAAGAAACAAAUGUACACCCUGCCGCCAGAAUAUUUAUCGCACAUUGUUAUUUUAGAUGAUCUUCCGGAUAGGAACUGUGAAAAGUGCAUACAGUGUUGCGUAGAUUACGAGGGCUGGUUGAGAUUUCAAAAUUCCCUGUACAAGGUAGUGAGAGAUCCGCUAUUUGAGUUGACAAUCACACUUUGCAUCGUCCUGAAUACCGGUUUUUUGGCAAUGGAGCAUCACGGAAUGAGCGAAUCGAUACGACAGGCACUCAACAUCGGCAAUAAAGUGUUUACCAGUAUCUUCACCUUCGAAUGUUUGCUGAAGCUAUUGGCGCUUAGCAAAGACUUUUUUGCCAACGGUUGGAACAAUUUCGAUUUGAUAAUAGUAUCGGCGUCUCUAAUAGAUCUUGCCUUCGAGUUGGUAGACGGUCUCUCUGUGAUACGCGGACUACGGCUUUUACGAGUCUUAAAGCUGGCGCAAUCCUGGACGACGAUGAAGGUUCUACUCAGCAUAAUCAUCUCGACGAUCGGCGCUCUCGGGAACCUCACCCUAGUCUUAGUAAUUGUAAUUUAUAUAUUCGCCGUGAUCGGCAUGCAAUUAUUCAGCAAAGACUAUACCUUGGACAAGUUCUAUCCGGAUCCCGUGCCACGAUGGAACUUCAACGAUUUUUUUCACUCGUUCAUGAUGAUCUUUCGUAUACUGUGCGGCGAAUGGAUCGAACCGCUGUGGGAUUGCAUGAGGGCCGAGGAGGAGGACGGACCGGGCACUUGCUUCGCCAUAUUUCUGCCAGCUUUGGUCAUGGGUAACUUCAUGGUACUGAAUCUCUUCCUUGCCUUGUUGCUCAACAGCUUCAACUCGGAAGAGUUGAAACAAAAGAAAGAGGAAGUCGGCGAGGAUUCGAAGCUCGCCAGAUCGUUCGAUCGUAUUCGUUCGAUAAUACGAAAAAACAAAUGCUCGCGCAUGGGCCAAGGUACCGGGAAGACGAAAGGGAAAGAUCACCAUCUGGAGAAGAUAGUACGACGGGUGAUGGAUCGAUCCGACAACGAGACUAAGUACGCUAUUCAAGAGACUGUGCUCAGCCUUCCAAAAGACAACGUUUACAAUAGAUCCUACCAGGAGAGUUUAAAUCAACCAGUUUUUUCGUACGAUCCCGUGUACGCUCAAUCUCAACUGAAAGACGACGAGUCUGACGACAGCAACUCCAUCAAAGACAAGCAAUCCGAAUCGCAGGAAAGUAAUCCCGAGGAAGGUCAGGAUUUCGAAAACACCAAGUAUUCAUCUUUGACUAAAGCGCCCGUGGAGGAGAAAACUGCGAUGUUGCGUCAAGAAGAACACUUUCUUAAACACGAGAAUCGCGUACCGAAUCGGCCUUGGCACGCGCUUGUUAGCUACGUCGAUGAACUCACUGUCGGUGGUAGAAGAGACAGCAAAGGGAAAUACAUAGACGGCAUGGGAUCGUUUCCGGGAUUUGGAAGAAGCAAUCGGCGAAAAGAACCGCAAGACUGCUUUCCACGACAGUGUUAUCAAAAAUGUACUUGCAUCGAUAAAUGCGUCGCAACGUCUAUCGGCAAAAAGUGGAUAAAAAUCCGCACAAUGAUUCUAUCGGUCGUCGACACGCCCGGAUUCGAAUGGAUGAUUUUAUUUUUAAUUUUUGCAUCUUCCAUAACGCUCUGUUUCGAAGACAUUUACCUAGAUGACAAUCCUUUUUUGAAGAGAAUACUCUAUUGGACCAAUCUUGGCUUCUGUGCGCUUUUCAGUAUCGAGAUGCUACUCAAGUGGCUAGCUCUGGGUUUCUGCAAAUACUUCACCAGUUUCUGGACAAUCUUGGAUUUUAUAAUCGUUUUCGUAUCAACAUUUAGCCUAUUGAUAGAAGAGAACGAGAACUUAAAAGUGUUAAGGUCGCUAAGAACUUUGCGGGCACUGAGACCAUUAAGAGCAAUAUCGAGAUGGCAAGGCAUGAGGAUCGUAGUGAACGCGUUGAUGUAUGCAAUACCCAGUAUAUUCAACGUGCUCCUCGUCUGUCUCGUGUUCUGGCUGAUAUUUUCUAUUAUGGGCGUACAAUUUUUCGGCGGCAAGUUUUUCAAAUGCAUUGACGAAAACGGUGAAUUAUUAGAUAUAUCGGUGAUAAACACGAAGGACGAUUGCUUGAAGACGAAUUACUCGUGGGAGAAUAGUAAGAUCACGUUUGAUCACGUGGGAAUAGCUUAUCUGGCUCUGUUUCAAGUAGCCACCUUCGAAGGCUGGAUGGAGGUGAUGCAGGACGCAGUAGAUGCAAGAGGUGUUGACCUUCAACCUCAGAGAGAAGCAAACAUUUGUGCAUAUUUCUACUUUGUGAUAUUCAUUGUUUGCGGCUCGUUUUUUACACUGAAUCUCUUUAUCGGAGUAAUUAUAGACAACUUUAACAUGCUGAAGAAAAAGUACGAAGGUGGAGUGUUAGAAAUGUUUUUGACCGAAAGUCAAAAGCACUACUACACUGCCAUGAAAAAGCUUGGCCGUAAAAAGCCACAAAAGGUGAUAAAGCGUCCAAUGAACCAAAUCCUUGCAAUGUUUUACGACCUAUCGAAUUCGCGCAGAUUCGAAAUAGCAAUUUUCAUUUUGAUAUUUCUCAACAUGCUGACAAUGGGAAUCGAGCAUUACGAUCAACCUCAUCCAAUUUUCUUCGUCCUUGAAGUGUCCAAUGCAUUUUUCACGACUGUUUUUGGCUUAGAAGCGAUCGUCAAGAUAAUAGGACUCCGUUAUCAUUAUUUCACGGUGCCCUGGAAUUUGUUCGACUUCCUCCUAGUGCUGGCUUCAAUUCUAGGAAUAUUAAUGGAGGAUAUUAUGGUAGACUUCCCAGUGUCCCCGACGCUCCUGCGAGUGGUGAGAGUGUUCAGAAUCGGUAGAAUCUUAAGGCUCAUAAAAGCUGCAAAAGGUAUUCGCAAACUGCUCUUCGCUCUGGUCGUCAGUCUCCCAGCGCUGUUCAACAUCGGUGCCCUUUUAGCCCUGAUUACUUUUAUUUAUGCCAUCAUCGGCAUGUCGGUCUUUGGCCACGUUAAAAAACAAGGUGCACUCGAUGACAUGGUAAAUUUUGAGACUUUUGGUAGAAGCAUGCAAUUACUGUUUCGAUUAAUGACAUCAGCUGGUUGGAACGAUGUAUUGGAAUCGCUCAUGGUGCAACCACCCGAUUGCGACCCAACUCCUACUAGUCGGCAGCUGAACGGAAAUUGCGGAUACCCGCUCUUGGCAAUAACUUACUUUACUUCCUUCAUCAUAAUCAGUUACAUGAUCGUUAUCAACAUGUAUAUCGCCAUUAUUCUUGAGAACUUUAAUCAGGCCCAUCAGGAGGAAGAAAUUGGCAUCGUAGAAGACGAUUUAGAAAUGUUCUACAUCCGAUGGUCCAAGUACGAUCCGCACGCAACGCAAUUUAUAAACUUUUCGCAGUUGAGCGAUUUCAUAGCGAGCCUAGACCCACCAUUAGGAAUAUCGAAGCCCAACAUGGUGGCGUUGGUUAGCUUCAAUCUUCCUAUUGCAAAGGGUAAUAAGAUUCAUUGUCUGGACAUUCUCCACUCACUUGUCAAGCACGUUCUCGGGCAUGUCGAGGAGUCCGAGGAUUUCCGAAAGUUACAGGAACAAAUGGACAUAAAAUUCAAGAAACAAUUUCCAACUCGCAAAGAACUCGAGAUUGUUUCUUCGACAAGAAUGUGGAAGCGUCAGGACAAAGCAGCCAGAUUGAUACAAAGCACUAUUAGAGAAUACAUAGCAGCGAAGAAGGAACGCGAAAGAAUGGCUCAGGAAGUAGAUUCGCAGACGCAAACAUCGAGUCCUGGCGUUGGGAAUGAGGGUAGGGGCGGGGGUGGAUGGAGUGGCAAAGUAUCGGCUUUUCUACACGUGCAUAGAGGUAGUCGAGCCAGUAGCCGCAAGUCCUCGAGGACCAGCGACGCCAGCGAUUUCAGCGAGCUAGGUGCCGCCUCGGCAUGGCUUUUUCCAAAUUUGCCUUUGCUGUUGCUCUCCGGCGCCACCGGUACUCAUGAGGACCUGCUUCCUCCCGCUCUAACCGUAUCCCGUCCCUCACCGACUACGGAACAACAAGCGUUUGCCGGUUCCUCCGUUGCUAGCCCCACUUCCUCCGAUCUACACACCAGAUCGAUCGCAGGACCGACCCUCGGCAGACAAGAUGCCGUUGAAAGUUAUCCUGACGAAGAAGUUCUCAGUCUUCCUACCAAGCGCAGAUCUCUCCCACCGAGCGCUACCACACUCUCCCUCAACACCUUACAUCGUGACAUCAAAGAAGUGUUUAGCAGACGUUGCGGUAGCCUUCGAAAGAAACAUCAACCAACUCCCGAACCAGCUCCGCUGCCAAUCGAAUCUACUGAUGUAAGCAUACUCGUCACAGAACCUAGUCCAGAGAAUACUGCGCCACCCUCGAGGCCGGCGCUCCUUAGACGACAAUCUGCCGCCACAGUCGUUCAUGUCCUUGUGCACCGAGAGAGCGAAGAAUAUCAAGAGAUGCAACCAGACGAUACCAGUUGAUCUUAGGUCGUUGUGCUCGACAUCCUUCCGAAGUAAUUUUAAUGAGAGGCUGACCUCAGAGCCACUAGUUUUGUUAUCGCAUUACGGGAACCUCGAGUCUUUUCCGGUUCUUUCUCCUCUCUCCCUUUCUUUGACGAUACUACCUUAUUAUCAUCUAAAUGCUCUUACUACUUCAUUACGAUACUUGACAAACUAUGACCAAAUGAUACGGUAGAAUCUUAAAUUGUAACCUUAUAAAAUCAUUUAUUCCUAUAUUUACAUUUCGAUCCGAAUAAUGUGCUACUUUCUUUCUAGAAAAUACUGUUCUUACAGCCCAUUUGAAUUCUAGCAAAUAAGGGUAUCCUGUUGUUAUCUUUAGUAGUCGAUUGUUCUUAAUCAGCUUUAAUCAUUUUAAUCACGCGGCAAAAGGUAUCGAGAUUAAACGCGGCGAGUAAUUUUAUAAUUCGAACACUUCGCAUUUAUCGCUUUGUCUCUUUGUAAUUUUGUUUAUAAUAAAGAGUAUAUUGCGUUAAAGCAUCGAGUCUGAUUAAUAAAAUUAUAAACGUUAUUUAUCGAAUUUAUAUUUAGUACAUGAAACUUCGUGGGGUUUGUGAUAUCAAUUAACUAUGUUUCAAUAUGAAACAGUAACACUUUACAAAUUGUAAAGAUAGGACGUAAACUCAAAAAUAUUUCACAAAUAUUUUCCAAAGAAACAAGGGCAAAAUUGAGAAACGAUUAUUUUACUUUCAAUAAGGAAGAACACUGAAGCAGACAUUAUUUUAUGCUACAAACGUGAAAGUUGGAUAAAAAGAGAUGCUUUAAUUGUAGACAAGAUUAUUAAGCGAAAAUGAGAAUAGCGAUCUGUUCGAAUAUUAAAGUUACUGACUGUGCAUGGUACAAGCGCGUAAACGAUUGCUAUUUGGUCGGACAUUACUUGAAACUCGCAUCCUUGUAUCGCGAUUUAGGAUAAUUGGGCUAGUUUAACAAGGUACAGGUAAACUCCGAUUCCUUUUUUCAGACUAAAUGAUUGGUACGAGCUCCCAUGAUAUUUGCUUUGCAAACUGUCCGGUUUGCUGUAAAAAGAAACGAGUAAUAAUAAUGUAAAAGAAAGAAUAAUACUGCCACGAGUCGUAACAUAGCGUAUAUAUAUUUAAUUUAUAAUUGUUUCGAGAGGAAAGGUGAAAAAGGACAUGAAAAGAGAAGAGAGGAAAGAUGAGGCAAGAAAUAUAGGAGGAAAGAGAAGAUAAGAAUGAGAAAAAGCUGUGUGCUUUAAAAUAGGCAAUAUUGUAGAGAAAUUGUCAUUUUUUCACAUUUUUGAGAAAUACAGGUAGCUAGCAGCUGAUUUCAUGUAAUUCGAGUUUACGAUAUACGUAGAACGCAAACGUACCAACGAUUACGAAAGCGAUCUGUGUAAAAAAAAAGAAAAUCAGAAAAAAAAUAAUUGAAUUUGUCGCUUAAUCCGCGUUACGUUGAUCUACAUCAUAUAAAUACGGAAUAAAACUUAGGCCACUUCCAUAAUCAUUGGUACAAAUGUAUACGAAGUUUCACUUAUUGAAAUUAUUUUAAAAAAAUACGAUAUUUAUAAUGUAUAAUACAAUUACACAGUUUGUGAAACUGAUUGUUCUAUACUAAUUCAAAUGCAUGAGGAACAUUACGGAAGAGGGCUUUCCUUUUAGAGCACGUUAUCAUUCAAAUAUAGUUUCCGUCAUAUUUUUUCUUCCUUCUUAAAAAAGAUAAUUACACGUAGCUUUAAUAUUAACGCAAAGUACGUAUGAAUACUUUGGAUUAUAAUAUAAUCGAGUUCGAUACUUCCACGUAAUUGAAAUUUAACACAUUUUCUUAAAUACCAUUAAGGGAACGCGGUGGAACUGUUUAAGCUUCUUUAUAACGCCGAACGAGAAGUUUAGAACCGGUUGAUAAAACGUUGAUAUAUUUAUCAUUUUUCAUACAAUUACUUUAGUAUGGAACGAAUCAAUGUCACACAGUGCACCGGAAAAUGAACGAUUGUUAUGGCUGAAAAAAAAAGAGUACGUAAAAAAUUCGUAGAUUACAUAAACAAUGAAGAAUAAUUUGAUACUGGUUUGCACGCGUAUGUGCAUGCAUGUAUCAAAGUUGGACGAAAUUUAUUCGGGAAUAAUAAUUAAAAACAUUACAUUUAUUCGUAAACUAACUUUUGCCCGCGGAUCGCCAGAAUGCGAUAAAUGCUUAAAAAGUAAAUGAAAGUUCGUUUACAAAGAAAUCUAACAUUUUUCUUAGUUUGCGAAUAAAAUUUGUCCAACUCUGGUAUAUACGAAUGUGCACUAGAUGACAACGAUUCAAGCAGCCUUUAAUUUCUAUUUGCCGCUAUAAGGAAGGAAAAGGAAAUUUGUGUUUCGAUCAGGUUUACCGGUGAAUUCAUUCUUAAGACAUUUGUAGCAGACAUUGUUGAACACCAUAUUAUUUAAAUUUCAAACGAAGGAUCACAUUACAGGAGUGGGGCAAAAUGUAGAUUGAUUAUAUUCGUCACGAUAGCGUGACACGUAAUUACACCGUAAUCACGCCUUGAUCACGCGGUAAUUACACGUUAAUUAGACAGUUGUCACACGCUUUAAAGAUUUACAAUUAUGAUUACACCGCAAAUAUACGGUAAUUACCGCGUGAUUGCAGCGUGAUUAAACGUAAUCGUGUUACAUUUUACCCGACUCUGCCAUUUUGUUAUUUUGGGCCGAGGCUGAAGCUCGAAACGCCUAGAAUUAUGGCUAUCGAUAAAGAUAUCGAUAAGGUGAAUUCAAGCGAAUGAGGUAGGUUGCAACGUAAUAAUUGUAAUACAAUUAUUUAAAAUAUAUUAAUUUCUUUCUGAACUUAUUGGGCAACCUAUUAGUGUACAUAUUUCAACUUUAAUUUCGUUCUAUUUGCAAACAUUUCUGAAUAUAUGUUGCAGAUCAUAUAUCAGAAAUACAACACGCGUGUGUAUUUUUUUUUUUUAAUUACAUCUUCAACGAGACAUGAGCUUUUUGUUUGUAUUUUAUUACAUAGAAAAUUAUAAUCCGUAUUCGAUGUUACGUUUUGUAUUUUUUAAUGAUUAUCCGUCCAAAUACGUGCUUAUUUGUAAUCUGUAUCUAGAUAAAUUGUCAAAAUAUUAUUACUGGUGAUUAGCAGUAUGAAACUUUUUUUAGUUAAUAUUCCAUUUGUGUGUUAAAUUUCUUUUCGUCAUUUUAAUAUAUUCCUUCGAAUCGAAGGUAGGAUCAAGUUGAAUCUCGAACCUCGAACCUCUAGUCGAGAUUGUCGAGGGUGUUUGAAACGGUUUGGGUUCCGGGUAUCGGUUUCAUCUGAACACCAUAGGUGGAAUUACACAGGGUGCCAUAAGUUUUCGAAAAUUAUAUAAUUAUAGCAAGAGAGUAUUUAUCCAAGGAUUGAUCACAGCCAAAAUAUGCAAAUAUGUUAUCCGUGAUAAGUUGUAACAAAAAGAAAUAAAUUUUAUAUAAUUUUCCUAUAAUUAAUGCGUUGCAUUCUUCUCGGUUACUUUUAUUCGGCUCAACGAUAUCUUGACGAUAUUACCGACAUUUCGUCGUAGAAAAAGCUCGAUUUUGGGGCAUCCGAAUAGCGCUUAAAUGUAACGUCGGCGUCAAAAUAACAGCAAUUAUUCUUCCAUAGUAUUUACAAAACUAAAUUUGAAAAGCCAAUUGACUUGACACCGACGUUAUCCACGGUGCAAACUGAUCUUUAAGGGGGGCUUCUCGUGUAACAAGUUGAAAAAUAUCGAUCGUUCGUUAUUCUUGUAAAUCGAAAGUAAAUUUCAAAAAUAAAAUCUUUACAUUUGCAAAGUCUAAUUCGCAAAAAUAACGGAGUUAU